UUGCACAGCCACAGAGCGACUGGAAAGAGAGCUAGCGGGGAGGACUAGGCGGCCCGCUUGGGGGAAGGGAGUCGGCGGUUCAGUGGGCCUCUGGGGUGUAGUAUGUGUCAGUGCCUGUGAGUGUGUUUUGUGUGUGUGUGUGUGUGUGUGUGUGUGUGUGUGUGUGUGUGUGUGUGUCUGGCGGAGGGCCAGGGUGAUUUCCCAUAAACCACAUGCCCCGCCAGCCCGCCCGCUUAAAAGGCUGUGCCGAGGACUGGCCAGCGAAGCUCGGCCAGGGGAAAGUGAAAGUUUGCCUCGGUGCUCUCGGUGUCGCUGCGGCUCUCUGCAUCCCGGGACAGCAGCGUGGCCCUCGACCGCGGCGCAGGCUCUCCAGCCACUAGCGAGCAAGGAAGCGAACGAACCAGGGCGGCCAACACGCCGUGCCGGGACCCAGCUGCCCGUAUGACCGCGCGGGGCGCCGCGGGGCGCUGCCCUUCUUCGACAUGGAUGGGCUCCCGGCUGCUGCUGGUCUGUCUCCUCGUGAGCAGGAGUGUUGCCGAGGUGUCGGAGCACUGUAGCCACAUGAUUGGGAAUGGACACCUACAGAUUUUGCAGCAGUUGAUCGACAGCCAAAUGGAGACUGCAUGCCUGAUCGAAUAUAAAUUUGUAGACCAGGAACAGCUGGACGAUCCCGUUUGCUACCUAAAGAAGGCCUUUGUUUUGGUACAAGUCAUAAUCGAGGAAACCAUGCGCUUUAAAGACAACACCCCCAACGCCAACGCCACCGAGAGGCUACAGGAACUCUCUAUGAAACUGAACAGCUGCUUUAUCAAGGACUAUAAGGAACAGAACGAGCAUUCAUUAGACAGAAGGCACAGUGUGGACCCUGAGGAUAUCCUUGGAACAAGAAAUUCCCCUUCCCACCCUUACAGUGAGGCCUGUGUCCAAACUUACAAAGAGAGUCCUCUCCGGUUGCUGGAGAAAAUCAAGAAUUUCUUUAACGAAACAAAGAAUUUCCUUGAAAAGGACUGGAAUAUUUUUAGCAAGAACUGCAAUGACAGCUUUGCUAAAUGCUCUAGCAGAGAUGUGGUGACCAAGCCUGAUUGCAACUGCCUGUACCCUAAAGCCACCCCUAGCAGCGACCUGGCCUCUGCCUCCCCUCACCAGCCCCCUGCCCCCUCCAUGGCCCCUCUGGCUGACUUGGCUUGGGAUGAUUCUCAGAGGACAGAGGGAAGCUCCCUCUUGCCCAGUGAUCUGCCUCUUCGCAUAGAGGACCCAGGCAGUGCUAAGCAGCGACCGCCCAGGAGUACCUGCCAGACCCUCGAGUCAACAGAGCAACCAAAUCACGAGGACCCACAACCUCAUCCUUCUGCGGGGGCCCCCAUCCCUGGGGUGGAAGACAUUAUUGAAUCUUCAAUGGGCACUAACUGGGUCUUAGAAGAAGCUUCUGGAGAGGCUAGUGAGGGAUUUUUGACCCAGGAAAGGAAGUUUUCCCCCUCCAAUCCUGUAGGGGGCAGCAUCCAGGCAGAGACUGACAGACCCUGGGCCCGCUCAGCAUCUUCUCCAUUCCCUAAAUUAACAGAGGAUCAACAGCCAACGAAUAUAACAGACACCCCGUUGACAGAGGUGAACCCUAUGAGACCCACUGGCCAGACACUGAAUAAUACUCCUGAGAAGACGGAUGGUUCAUCUACACUGCGCGAAGACCAGCAGGAGCCACGCUCUCCCCAUUUUGCCACACUGAAUCCCCAACGAGUCGGCAACUCAGCCACCCCCUAUGCUAAGUUACUGCCUCCCAAAAGCCACUCUUGGGGCAUUGUACUGCCCCUUGGGGAGCUCGAGGGCAAGAAAAGUACUAGAGAUCGAAGGAGCCCCGCAGAGCUGAAAGGAGGACCAGCAAGUGAGGGGGCAGCCAGGCCUGUGGCCCAAAGUACUAGAGAUCGAAGGAGCCCCGCAGAGCUGAAAGGAGGACCAGCAAGUGAGGGGGCAGCCAGGCCUGUGGCCCGUUUUAAUUCCAUUCCUUUGACCGACACAGGCUCUUCUAUUCAGGAUCCCCAGACCUCUGCGUUUGUCUUCUGGGUGCUAGGCAUCAUCCUAGUCUUGCUGGCUGUCGGGGGCCUCCUGUUCUACAGUUGGAAGCGGAGGGUAAGGAGAACUCCGGGAGAAGAGGACAUCCUAUGGGGCAAGACAAAGGCUGGAGCCAUCGAGACCCUCGGACAUUGGAUUCUUCUGUGGGGCGACCAGAGGGCAGCUCCCUGGCCCAGGAUGAGGACAGACAGGUGGAACUGCCAGUGUAGAAAGGAUUCUAAGCUGGGCACACAGGACUAUCUCUUUAUGGGAGGAGACAUUAUGGCAACGUCCACCACUACCCUCUCCUGUCAUCUUCCUGGGAAUGUGGUCUGCCACUACCAGAGCUCCUGCCUACCAAGACUGGAUGAAAGCAGCUUUGAUGGGGAUCUUUCCAUCCUAACCCUUAGACUCUCAACUAAAGAGAGAGGGCUGGAGGAUGCCCCCAGUAUCCUGCCACUAUUUAUUGUGGGCCCUGGAGGCUCGCUGCAUUUGAGGAAGGGCAGCUCAACAGCUCAGGACCCUUUCCCUUAGGGGCUGUUCCCUCCUCUCAAAACCAGAACCUGGCAAGGGCCACACUAGCCUGUAUGGCCCAUGGGAGAUCAGGACAGAUGAGAAGGAGCAGAAGAGCCCUGUGCCCAGAAGACCCAACUGGUGCCAAGGAAUCCCAACGUGGACAGGCAGGGGCCUGUUUCCCAAGAAGAGAGCCUGACAUUCAAAGGGUGGGACAGCAUCUGCCCAACUUCCCGUAAAGGCAUAAAGGCACGAAGCCCAAAAAACGGGAAGAGGAGGCCUUUGGCUGCUUGUGAUGACAGCUUAAAGGGGUCUACACCCUCAACUUGCCUAAGUGCCCUCUGCUGAUAGCCAGGAAGGAGGGAGACCAGCCCUCCGGACCUAUCUGACCUGGCUCAUGAUGCCAAGAGGAAGACUGAGCUCUAACCUCAUCUCCUCCUGCCCAUAGCCCCUGCCAGAGUUCUUUUGCCAGCAGAGGCACCCCUCAUGAAGGAAGCCAUUGCACUGUGAAUACUGAACCUGCCUGCUGAACAGCCUGUCCAAUCCAUCCCUAUGAGCGAUCAUCCGUCCGAAUGUUCUCCCACUUCCUUCAACCUCUCCUCAGCUUCUUGCACUGAGCUGGCCUCACAUGUUGACUGAGGGAGCCCCUAAGCCCGACCUUCCCCCGCCUCAGCCUUUGAUUGUCCAGGGUGAAGCUGUGGGAGAACUGCCUGGGCUACCAGUCAGAGCUGGUCUUUAGGCUGUGUUCCUUACCCAGGUUUUUGCAUCUUGCACUUUGACAUUCCCAGGAGGGAAGUGACUAGGGGAAGGGAGAGAAGAAGGGGAGACAGAGACAAAGGCCACAGGCAGAGCUAUAAAUGAGAAUGGGUCUUGAAAAUAUGUGUGUACCCCUAAGCUUGAAGUUGAUCUCUAUACUCCAGUCCCUUGCCAGCUGCCUUCCCCUACUGCCUGAAGCCUGGAGCUGAGCAGGUUGUCUGGUCCUGAGCUCUGGGUAUGGAGCUCUGUGCUCCAGCCCCACCCUCUUCUGGCCUUUGCUCUCCAGACCUGACUCUGGUAGGGAAGGAUACCUUCCCAGUCUCACCUACCCCCCCCCCUGCCAUCUCUAGCCAAGCAAGCCAGGUCUAGAGAGGGAUCAAAAAAAAAUGGGUCAUUUACUUCCAACUCUGCUCUGAUGCUCUGUUUCCUGAGCCAGGCUAGUCUGUGGUGACCUGGGCAUGGGUGACAGGGCUCUUACUUGCUCCUUGGUCUCUUUAUGCUGCUGCCCCGCCUCCCCCCUUUCCUGCCCUCCCUGGCUACUGGGUCGCUAAUCUUUCAGGCCAUGGAUCCGGAGGAGAGUGGUCUAUAGGCUCCACCAGCCCUGUCCUGAGACAACAGAGGGGGUGAGGACACUGGAGACUUUCCCGUGGGGCUUACUUAGCCUUCUAGUUACAGACUAUUUCCACACUAGAAAAUACGUAUUUUUAAAUAGAAGAAAAACACAGAAACAAACAAAAGGCAUUCUCCUACCCCUCCAUCUUAAACAUACAUUAUUAAAGACAGAAGAGCAAAUCCAACCCAUUGCAAGAGGCUCUUUGUGGGUGCCUGGUUGCAUAAGAGCAGGAGGAGCCCCAAACCCACCUUUGGAGCUUCCCUGCACAGGAACCCCUUCUUCCCUCCAAGAAAGCCCAGAGGGAGCACUGCCUCACCAACUGUGAGACUGCGUUUUUUUAUACUUGGAAGUGGUGAAUUAUUUUAUAUAAGGUCAUUUAAAUAUCUAUUUAAAAAAUAGGAAGCUGCUUUUAUAUUUAAUAAUAAAAGAAGUGCACAAGCUGCCA